CCGAACCUGGGCUGCGGGGCCGGCACCUCCUCCAAUCCCUCCCGCUCGCUCGCUCGCAUCCUUUGCGCCGCCGCAGCUGCCGGGGGCCGUGCGUCCCCGCUGCCCUAAGCUGCCUCACGGAGGAGAGCCUGGAGCACCCGGCCAGGCCCGCGGGCAUCUACUGCGUGUCCCACUCCGUGCUCAGCGUCCCCAUUGCAGUCGGCGCUGCCUCGAUGUUCCAGCUGCCCAUCUUGAAUUUCAGUCCCCAGCAAGUGGCCGGGGUAUGCGAGACUCUGGAGGAGAGCGGCGACGUAGAACGCCUGGGUCGCUUCCUCUGGUCGCUGCCCGUGGCCCCUGCGGCCUGCGAGGCCCUCAACAAGAAUGAAUCGGUGCUGCGCGCGAGAGCCAUCGUGGCCUUUCACGGUGGCAAUUACCGGGAACUCUACCAUAUCCUGGAAAAUCACAAGUUCACUAAGGAGUCCCACGCCAAGCUGCAGGCGUUGUGGCUCGAAGCGCAUUACCAGGAGGCUGAGAAGCUGCGUGGACGGCCCCUGGGGCCGGUGGACAAGUACCGUGUGAGGAAGAAGUUCCCGCUGCCGCGCACCAUUUGGGAUGGCGAACAGAAGACACACUGUUUCAAGGAGCGCACGCGGCAUCUGCUACGGGAAUGGUACCUGCAGGACCCGUACCCCAACCCCAGCAAAAAGCGUGAGCUCGCCCAGGCAACCGGACUGACCCCUACGCAGGUGGGCAACUGGUUCAAAAACCGCCGACAAAGGGAUCGGGCGGCUGCAGCCAAGAACAGACUCCAGCAGCAGGUCAUGACGCAGGGCUCCGGACGGGCUCUAAGGGCUGAGGAAGAGGGCACGCCUGAGGUGCUCGGCGCCGCCGCCAGCCCCGCCGCCAGCCUAUCCAGCAAGGCAGCCACUUCGGCCAUCUCCAUCACGUCCAGCGACAGCGAGUGCGACAUCUGAACUGCCCACCCAGCACGCUCAGAAACAGAAUCCAGUGUAAAAACUAGACAAAAUGAAAUAGGGAGGAUGAGAGACCAAGCAAACCCACAGCUUGCGAAACCGGAGGGCCAGGGACCCGCGGGCUCCGGGUGCCCAUUUCCGCCCCGCGGCCGGCCUGGCUCCACUGGCGCCCUCCGGCCGCUAUCACAGGGGUCCGCGGUGAGGCCCAACCCAGCGCUACGUUCUCCUUGCUUUGCUUUUUCCCAAGAAUUUUGCUGCAAAGAUGCCUCCGGAACGCUGAGCGCCUGUCCUAAAUCUUCCGUGGGUAUUUCACGUCAAAAGGACGCUGUUAUAUAUGUAUAACUUUUGCUUUAAAGGUUUUUUUUUAAGAAAAACAAAACAAAACAAAACAAAACAUAUAUAUGCUGUUUAUUUACUUAUUUAAGAGACUGCCUGGUAGGUUUCUCUAUAUCCUGGGAACUUGCUGUUUCUAAAGGCGCAGGAUGGAGCAGAUGGGUUCGGUGUGAAGAAGCCAAACAAUAAAAACCUGGUGAGCAAACUUUCUUAAUUAAGUGAGCUGCUCUCAGAUUCCUUAAAAACAAAACAAAACAAAACAAAAAAAGAUUCUCUUCCCCAGGUAAGCAGGGGCCCCUGUGCAUAGUCCCAGGAGAGUCUUCUCUUAUCUUUUGCUUUCUCUGAGGUCUCCUGGUAUAUAUUUUAAAUGGCCAAUGGUAGAUCCAUAACCACCUGCUCAAAAAAUUUUAUGUAUGUAUAUACAUGUGUGUAUGUGUGAUAUGUUUAAAUCUAGAAACUUGCAACAUGAGCAUCCCCUAUAAGACAAUUCCACACAUCCCCAAACUCCAGUUACUAUGGCUUGUCCUCCUGACACUCACUUUUAUGAAUUGUCAGUGUCUUUCAGGAACAAUUUAAGAAGCCAAACUCUGGGAUUCAGUCAUGAGUCCUAUUUUAUAAAAAUGCAAAACUAUUCUGACACAGGUUCUGCAAUUACAAAAGUUUUCCAUCUCUUUUCAAGACCCCUCCCAUACAAAAGCAAUAGGCACCCAUGAUCAUGUUAGAAUGAGUAUGUACUAUGUUUAGGAUUGAGCUCAUAUUAAAAUAAGACAAAAGAGAGGAGAGGUUUUAAUAACUAAACUAACAUCUUCUUGAUGCAGAAGCAGGUUUUAAUCAAACACAUUUUUCCACAACAGUGAUACUUAGAUGAAGGA